CCUUCCUCAAUAACCUCGCACCUGCCCUCCAUAAUCUCGUGGACAUUCUAAAUUUUUCUCAUCCUCGACCAUGGCCGAUUCCGAUAGCUCGUCCCUGUCUUCUGCCCCGUCCUCUGACGAUGAGGAAAUGGAGUUGAAAAUGUCCAAACCCACUGGGUUGAAUCGGUACUUCAAGCCUGCGCCAAAAGCAGACCCGACUCCUGAACCGCCGAAACGCGCUCCUUCCCCCCCUCACGAGUAUACCUUGGCCGACAAUGAAGCGAUCGCGUUCCUGGUCAUGUUCAGAAGCCGUUUUAGUGACGCGUUUCCUCGGUCACUCCCACAUUUUGGACCACAAGACAUUGAAAGAGGAGUUGGCGGCCCGGUGCCAGACGAGCAUGCAGAAAGGUUACUCUGUGCACUGCUCGGUCUAGUUUUGAAUCGGAAGAAAGAUGUCGAACGUGGUCACUAUGGACGGGCACUCGAAGAUGCAGUCUCCAGCAACCAUCAUCAGUGGCUGACGGCCUGGAAAGGCGUCAGUCCUAUACAAGGAGGCAAGACCUUCAACUCCAUGUCCCCGGAGGAGCGAUUGAGUCUCCUCAAAGCCCUCGCCUUGUGGUCCUUGAAUCAAUCAGAGAUACUCCAGAGCCUCAUCAAAGAAUCGUACAAGCAGACACGAAAGGACGAUGACCGCAAUCAGCCACGCAGCGUGCAGCCGUGGUUCUCCGAUCAAUACCGUCGGAAAUACUGGCUAGUCGAGGGUCUUGAAGACUCCCACUUCCGCAUCUACCGUGAAAAUGAUGGCAAGACAGCUAAGACCAACACCUGGUUCAGUGUUGCAGGGUCAAUCCCCGAGCUUGUGAUGCUGGCCGACAAAUUCAGUGAUGAGCACACUCAGAACUCGAAGGUCAACAGUGACAAAUUAAGAUCAGCUAUUCCCAGAUUCGAAGCUGGUGAUGAGAAACGAAAACGACGCGAUUAUCGUCUAGCACGCAAGGCUGCAUUCUCUCGUCCAGAGCCUGGCUUCUCUCUUUACGAAGGCCGAACGAGGGGCAAGAGAAUGAGGUAUACCUUCUCCGACGAUGAAUUUGGUUCAGAUGAUCCAUCCAGCCGGAGGUCCACUCGGAAUUCUGGCUUUUCCACCCCACAGGAGACUGGUCCAACUGUGACUGCCAGUGGCAGACAGGUCAAGUCCAGACAAGGGGGUGUCUAUGGCGAGAGUAUGCUGGUCGAUCAACGGAAAGACCUCGAACGGAGUGCGGGUGACGGUCAUUUCACGGAGACCAGCGAAGAUAUGCCUACUACCGUGCCAAGUGGUAGAGGGCCACGCCUCUCUCGAUCGGGCCGACCUGUGAGACCUGCAAGACCACGAUCAACCCAUGAAUCUGAUUCCGAAAGCGACGAGAAUCAGUCGUCAGGAAAAGAAUGGAGUGGAGACGAAGACGAAGGCGAUGAGUCCGAGCCGGACGUCGAGGGAGAUGACGAGGAAAUGAGUGAUGAGCUUCUCGAUCAGGAUGACCUGGGGGAUGACGACAAUACACAAGAAAGCUUGGUGGUACAACUAAGGUAUCGAAAGGGCGAUGAGCCCACAGGGCAUGUCCCUCAAGCACAGCCUCCACCACAGCAGUUGGACUUGAGGCUAACGCCAUCAAAUGGCAACAUACCGAAUGGCGCCCUCGACGCGACACACAGCACCAAACCCGUAUCAUCAUUCACACCCUCACCUGUUCCCCUUCCAUUAUAUGACACCAUUGACGUUGCACCUCGAAUCAACGGAGUGAAUGGGAUUGAGAAGGCGACGAGUGAAAUAGGCGCAGCAGUCAACGGAAUCAAUGGACCCAAGCCCAGCCUUGAGCAACCCGACAAACACGUCCAGGCUCCCAUGUCACCGCCGCAAGAGAUUCUGGUGCGUUCUCCUCCACAGGUCAUGGAUACUUCAUAAAGGGCCGUCCAGAAGAAGAUACUGGUAGAGUCAAAAAGUGGACCAUGAAUGUUGCUCAGGGUUGCGGGAAUGACCACGCGACAGGAUCACGUUAGAGACCUGUAAAGUGAAGCCCAAAAGCAAGACCGAUAGGAUAUUCAAUAUCCAGGAUUUGCCGUGAUUGUGCGUAUGUACGUGUAUGACAUGAAGGAUUUAAUAUUCAUUAAACUCCAUACGGUGCAGCGUGGAAGUUACCUAGGCUCGCGGCUAGGGAGAGUGGAAGCGAUAGUGAUGUCGAUAUUGUAGACGAGACCACAGGUUAACUCGUAGAUGCGUGUCUACCUUGGGUACUAAAGACUCAAGAAAGCCC